UGGAGAUUCUCCUGCGGAAUGUUGUCUUAAAGCCGGGGAUACAUUUCAUCGUUACCAUGAAUCGAAUCGGAAAGACUCAAAGACGCUGGUUUCCGCUCUGAUCGUCCGCUAUGGCUGCAGGACGUACCGAGUCUCCGCGAUUCGAAUUUCCAGAACUGAGCUCAGAAGGGAGCUAUAUACGAUUGAUUAAGCCCUUGCCCGUGAAUCAAGGCGGGGAGAAUUCGCACGAAAUUCGUUUCGAAAUGAUCGUUGCGGACCUGGACAUGCGACCGGUAUACAAAGCUGUAUCGUACACUUGGGGCCCACCAACGCCGGUCGGUCAUGUCACGAUAAAUAACCAGCGCAUUCAAAUACGGGAAAAUCUCUUUAUUCUUCUCAGGAUGCUAUCAACAACGCAUAAAUCAGAAGCCGAAUGUCCCCUUUGGAUCGACCAGAUAUGCAUUGACCAGUCAAAUGUGCUGGAAAGAAACCAUCAGGUGGCACAGAUGGCACGAGUAUACGAACAAGCCACGCAGGUUUUGGUAUGGCUAGGCCCUGGCACGAUCGAUAGCGAUGUUCUUUUGGAUAGCAUGAACGCGCUCUGGCAUCAUCACCGGCCCAUCAGCAAUGACGACAUUGUCAGUCUGCAAAAGCAAUUCACAAGAUCAAAGUGUCUACGUCUUUCGUACUGGUCCCGUCUGUGGGUUGUUCAAGAGAUCCUUCUCGCAUCUGACAUCACAGUCCUAUGGGGUUCACGACGCAUUGCAUGGGAAACCGCGCGAAGCUUCUUUUUGGGAUUUCGUGAAUCUGGCAGACCGAUCGCGAUCACGCUCCCAUCUUCAGGGCGUCUGCUAAGCAGAGAUCAUCUGCGCAACCUGAUACGUGGCCGGGAUAAGCGUAUCGAAGUUUCGACUCGAUUUCGGGGCAAACUGACGUGGGACCAGGCGCUGUAUUUUUCCGCGAGGACCGAGUGUGAGGACCCUCGUGAUAGAAUCUACGGGCUUUUGGGACUUGUGAGCGAGGAAUUCCAAAUCAAACCCGAUUAUACAAAAAGUUUUGAUGAAGUCUUCGAUGAAUUGGAACAGCUCAUCAGGUCAAAGCAUGAUCUUGGCCCAAUCUCUAGCAGUUUGCGGCCACUACUUAACCUCCCUCCCAAAGAAACGAGAUAGUCAGUGGAUCAAAGUAAAGAUUUCGAUGGUAUGUUUAUAUCCGGUACUGUGACGGUACGAUCUUCUGAAAUUUUUGCCGAUCUCAGUCGCAAGCUAAGCAUGGUCGCUAAGUUAAGAAGCCCGAGCCAAGCGUUGCCGUUCUGCAAAAAAUUCGCCCACAGAAGACGACUCUUAUCGAUAUAAGCUUCAAUCAAAAAAACAGAUGCACUGAUUAGAGGACGCACCUUGCGCCUUUACUAUAGUACCAUCAGGCCUGACCUGGCUCAUCUCCACAUCGAAGCUAGGUGUGCUAAAAUACGCAAUGGACUUGCGAUUCCUGGGUAGUUCCCCUUCAGCCGAUGGAGGAAAGAUGACUCGGUGCACGUUAGCCUUGCAAAUGCCGUCGGUCAUGAACUCUAGGAUGAGUCCGACGUUGACCUGCUCUGGCCAUGAGCUUCCUGCAGUGUGCUCGGGUUUCGAACUUACUAGGACGGUGUUGGGAAUGAUGGGUGCGGAGAUCCAUAGUCCUGACUCAAGGUCCACAUCGCCUUGAAUCAACUGAAGCCCCCUUUGUGCUUUUACUUCUUCUGUUGGCAGGUAUAUUUGAAGCCCAGGCUGGCCAUUCUGUUCCUGGAAGAGAAGUGUGAUAUCUCCCCACUAAACGUCUCAGCGUGACAAAUUUACAAAUUAUUGGUUGGCUUCUUCAUUAGAGGAACUCACAUCUGGGUCAAAAUCUAUGAGUCAAAUAUGCAAGGUCAACCUGUGCUGGGACAUACCUUUGUGGCUACCAGCGCGUAUGUCUUCUCCUGAAGGUAAAGUGUCACGUGCAGGAUAAUUCAAAAAAGCCAGUCCGUUCGAACCUGCGUCUCGGUGCUUGGAUCGAAAGAAGUCGGGUGGAAGCUGCCGUCUAUCGAUUAGCCCUUGAAGGCGUGCAAGUGCAAAGAAGAAGGGGUUACAGUACGUUAAGAGCUUUGGACAGCAUGUCGAGAACGCGCAGCGACGUGUCAAAGCAUUUACUACUGAACGACGCCAUCUCUGGUUUGUAUAUUUCUAGCGCUUCUGGCAGAACCUGCGUAGUUUCCGAUUCUCCAGCGCCAGCUUCAAACCUGCCCCACCCAAAACUUUCCUUCCAGUCGGGCUUCUUGCUGCGCUCGUCCAGCGAGUCUAUCAUGCCUCUGUAGCCGUUACUUCUAGCGUCCAGCAUGGAGUCUCUGCGAUCUUCCAUUGGAAUCGAAUGGAUGAUCGCGGAUAUCUCGAAGGCUCGAUCGACAUCUUCCUGCCUCAGUACUGUCCCUUCAAGGUCCAGAUGGAUGAACCCUACCGUGGACAGAGCUUGAAGGACAUCCUCAGGAGUUGACGUGACUAAUGAGAUCAGUGGGAUCUCUGGGAUUGACCCCUUACUGAAUGUCAUUGAAAAUAGGGGAAUUAGUCGACUGCCUUUGUGGAAUGGAUAGACUUUGAAAGUACAGUGCGUUGGUUUGGGUUUGUG